AUGAUGAAGCACUUCAAGAAACUUGGUGCACCACUUUACUCUAUUAACGAGUAUCCAUCGCUGGGUGAGCAGGAACAGCGUUUCAAGAGCGCUGGUUGGUUGCAAGCACAUGCGAGAACUCUUUGGGAUCUGUGGUCGGACGACGAUUUCGUAGACAGUUCCCUGCGGAUGUCAUUGGAUGCAGUUGAACCAUUCGAUGAAUGGGAGGAGUUUGCAUUGUUCGCAUCCCACUAUUUCCUUCUCCGUGCUUCUACAAGACCGACAGGGACGAAUCAUAGCCCAGAAAAGAAGCCAAUGACGCAGGCAAGCCUUUCUAGCCAGUACAGACUUCUUCCCAAUUGUCCCGCCAGGGCAGGUCAACGGAGAUUCGGGGCUUUAAUACCGGAUAGUGGCUCUUCUGUUGGCCAUCACUCUGGAUUGGGCCGUCAAACGCGACUUGCAACAACUGAUUUAUACGCCAAUUCGACGGAGAUUCCCAGCCCCGAAAAGCCCUUCCCCCCUCGAGAUGUCUCCGCAAGGAUGUGUCACACCGCGACCGGUCUGAGCAAUGGUGACUGCCUGCUUGUGGGCGGUCGAAUGUCACCCGCGAAGAGCCUCGAGGAUUGUUGGUUUAGACAAGGGAACCAAUGGCGUCAAGUCGAAAACUUGCCAUCGGGCCGAUUCAGACACAGUGCUGUCAAGGUCAGCCCGGGAUCUGAUUGUGUUCUCGUUUAUGGUGGUAAGACCAGCAACGGCACGGUCUUGAAUGACUGGCUGCUUUGGAGCAAUAACGGGGAGGGGUGGAAACAGAUUGAUUGCAAGGAACCUUGCCUAAAGCCACGGUUUGGAGCAAGUUUGGCAAGCAUUGAUGACUGCUCCGGUGUUAUUUUUGGUGGAAUAGGGCAAGAUGGAACGGUGCUUCAAGACUUUUGGACCUGGAAGCUACUCGAACGAAGCGAUGGCUCCUUUCUUUUGGAACUCAACGACCAGACUAAAGUCCUUCAAGGAACCGCGCCUUUGUUCAAGUAUAUCCAUCGGUUUGGGGCCACGGCCAACACCUCUCCAUGGGGCCUAUUAAUCGUCGGUGGUAUCAUCCCAGAACAAACGGUCCCACUUGACAUGGAAAUCAUGCUUCUCGACCUAAAGCAGGUGGCAAACUUCCUUGAUGGUCGGUCAUCCUGGAGCCCUAGUGUUCUGUCAGCGAUCGGGCUUGGGGCCGAAUUCGAGGGGCCGCGACCUCUCCUAACAGGUCAUGUAUCAUAUGCUGCUGAGCCUAGCGAAGUUGUUAUCCUAGGAGGCGGAGCAGUGUGCUUUUCGUUUGGGACAUUCUGGACUGAGGGGACUUGGAGCUUGAGAGCCAUAGAUUCGGCAAGCAAGAACGAAUGGACCAUGGUGCCCGAAAUCAUUCAAUCCAACCAAAUCGCACCACCCAUCUCUCAACCUUCUGGCUCCCCACAUGGAAACUACAAGUCCGAGGAAACCAUCACGGUGAUUCCUCGCGUCCGAGUGCAAAACGCCGCACAGUUCCAACAGAUACUGGCUGACAGCAAACCCGUCAUCAUCGAAGGAUCUGAUAUUGGGCCGUGCACUGAUCUUUGGACACAAGAGUACUUGACAAAUGCCGUGGGUAAGAACCGUGAAGUAAGUUAA